UAUUUAAUAAUAAAAAUUCGAAAUCAUUGCGUUACAGGCUCACUGUCACGGAUAUAAAUAAAUGAGCCGCCCAAUUAAAUCCUUCUACGCAAAAUAUGAUCAAUCUUAUUUAGUGCAAUUUAUAUUAAAGAGUUCAGAGCUAAAUGUCACAUAAGGAGUGAAAGUAAUUAUAGUAAUGAUAUCAAGAACGGUUACAGAAUCAGCUGGUUAUUUAAAUUAAGACUAUAUUUUAUUCAACGUUGCCACUAGUUCUCUAAUUUCGCUAGUCUCAUAAUAAUUCAAGUCUCAAAGUUAACAAGUCAUUAUGGCUGAAGCGAAUCAAAUAUCUGUAGCCGAUGAUUUGUCAAAAGAAAUAACUGAUCUUGGCCAAAAAAUCAAAGAUCUUCCAUUUGGCGCAAGGGUAAAGAAGAAAUACUAUCCAGUGCGUUCCGCGGAGGAACUGACGUGUUCCGCGGAGGAACUGGACACGCCAUACUUGAUAUCCAGAGAGUACCUUGACAAGUUCGGCUAUGCAGGUCCAGCGAAAGACUCGGGGAAGAAGCUCCUCUUUCUCGGAAUGAAUCCUGGCGCUGGAGCCGUGGAGACUGGAGUUCCGUUCGGUGAAAAAGAGUUGGUGAAGAAACAAUUGAAAAUCGUCUGCGAGAAUGUUGGGCCUUGGACGUUCACAGGGGGUAACAAGGAAAGCGCCCGACUGUGGGAGCUGCUGCUGGAGCUCUUUUUUACGGCCGAGAAGGGUGGUAACAACACGGCCGCACGGAACAGGCAGUAUUGGAACCACAAAAUGAACUCCAAAAAAGAACGAAGCAAAUACAUGGAGCACAACUUCUAA